UUAUGAUUUCACUACAUUCCGAUUUCCGAGUGUGAAGUCGAUUCCUACACAAUACGAACCAGCUUGUUACAAUCAAUUUGUAAAAACCUAUAUUAGUUUUAAAAUACACGAAUUAAUUAUUAUUCACAAUUUUUUUUUUUAGAAAAAUGAAGAAAGGAAAAUUACAAUGUCAUCUAAAACUUAUAUUCUGUUUCACCAUGAUGUGCUUCAUUCAAUUUACUGUUGGUUGUUUGUAUACAUUUUCAUCUACACUUUUGGCGCAACUUCGAGAACCUUCGUCAACAAUUCAUUUGAGUAUCGAAGAGGAAUCUUGGAUAACAAGUAUUACGAUACUUAUAUGUCCGAUUGGUCUACUCAUAAUUGGAAUUAUAACGGACAAAUUCGGUAGAAGAAAAGCUAUUCAAAUUAUAAGCGUACCAAUGGCAUUAGGUUGGCUAACAAUUACAUUUUCUAACUCUUAUGCCACACUAUUAAUUGGAAAAAUUAUACUUGGAAUCCCGUUUGGCGUGAGUACGUGCACUUUUCUGUACAUUUCCGAACUUUCCCCGACCAACCUGCGACCGCUGUACAUAACGCUGGUCCCAUUUACCGUAGGCCUGGGCAUGAUGGCGGAAUGCAUAUUGGCCAUGUACUGCCGGUGGCAAACCAUAUCCGGUAUCAUGUUGGUGGUCAGCGUGGUCAAUUUCCUAACGCUGUUCAUGGUUCCGGAACCACCGAUUUGGCUCAGGGCAAGGGGCCGGGCUGCCGAGGCGGACGAGGUGGACAGGUGGUUGGACUUGGGCAACAUGACGCACGCGUCAGAUGCAUCGGCUGAUGUGGUCGAACAGUCAGCCGUGGCCACUGCGGUGCACGACAACAUGCACGCCACGCCCGCAGAACCCACGUCAUUGUCGUCGUCGCCGUACUGGUCGCUUUUCUUGCGGCGCAACGUGUGGUUGCCGACGGUGAUCACGCUGACGUUCUUCGUCUGCCAGCAGUGCAGUGGCGUAUACGUGCUGCUGUUCUACUCGAUGGACGUGGUCAGGGACUGCAAGAUGCCAUGGGACAGCAACACUGUUUCGCUGUUCCUGUCCUUGGCCCGGGUGAUAGGAGUCCUUGGUUUCGCGGCGAUGCAUCGUGUCGCACGCCGGACGCUCGUCGUGGUUUCCGGCGGAUGUAUGGCCAUCUCGCUGCUCACAGUAGUUGCCUACAUGAGGGCGUUCGCGGGCGUCCAGGACCCGCCGUUUGAGAUGACGCUCAUUGUUGCGUUUGUAAUGUUCAUGUUUUUCGCCCUGCUGGGUAUUCUUCCCAUGCCUUGGGUACUAUGCGGCGAGGUUUUCCCGAUGGAAGUAAAAGGUGUUAUGAAUGGAGUUGUACAGACAUGCGGAUAUGUUAUCUGGUUUAUGAUUUGCAAAAUAUAUCCAUCACUGAUCUUAAAUUUAGGAGUGGAAAUCAUUUGGUCAAUAUUCGCUUUCUUCUGUAUAUUAAACGUGUUAUUUGCCAUAUUUAUUAUGCCCGAAACUAAGGGGAAAAGUCUAGACGAAAUAUUGUUAUACUUCGAAUCACAGGAGAAAAUUAAUAAAAUCGACUUUCCGUAAUCUACGUUGAUUAUAUAAUUAUGGAAACCAAACAUAUUUUUUACUAUAGGUUUUUUUGUGGUUGUAUUUAAGCAUCGAUACAUAUAUAUCAUUUUAUUUAUAUUGAGUUAUUAUUAGUUCUACUAAUAUUGUAUUAUUGCGUUGAUAAAAUAUUUGCCAAUUGUUUAUUAUUGGAAAUCAACAUAUCUGACGAGGAAAUCAAAUAAUUUAUUUGCCUCUGGAACUGGACGUGUGCACUCUACACUCUAUAUAACUAUACAAGAUUAUCGUUUAUCUAUAGUAACUCGAUUUUUAUUAAAUAAGCUGAAUCACGUGGUAUGUAAUUCGUGUGUAUUUUUAAUUUUUAUCAAUACAUACUAGACACCUUACUCUUAUUCAAGAGGUGAUUUGUUUGUUUAUUAAUUUAACAAAAACAAUUAAAAAUAAUAUUAAACGUCAGGA